AUGCAAUCGGCGAACAACCUACUUUUUCAACACUCUUUUGGAAUUAAUUUGACUCGACGGGACCUGAUGACCAGUUGGCAUGAACUGAUCAGUGAUGUGAUAGUUUACAAUGUGAAAAGGGAUGACUUCUCGAUAUGUAUGAAAUUUCUGAACUCUACUGACCAGAUGGGAUGUAGUGGUGAUUAUGGAGGUAAUACAGGUGUCCUUAUGACGGUAUCCAGUGAAAAAGAUUUGGACUGGUUGAGGCAGCCGGGACAUGAAAAGAACUACAUCAUCCUUAUGGGAUUGGAUUUUCUGGAAAGUCGAAUUAUAGAGGAGUUCAUAGACAUCGAAAAAAUUGUCGGUGUCUUGAUCGAUGUCACCACUCCCCACCAAACCGCUUUCUUCUCCCCGGACCUCUCCUCACCUAACUACGAACAAAGUAUAUACACAAGAAAUUUUGACUGGAACAUGGUUGGAAAUGGAUUGCUGUUCAUGGACAUUCCAUUCCCAAUGGCUCUUCUUCAUAACAAUGAAACUGUUAAAAUUAUGAGAGAUUGUUACUUGAAUCACAACAAGAGGCUGAUGGGUGGUUGCUACAUGGCCUGCCCGCUCUGUGCCGUGAAGAUGAACAUGGCGAUGAACGCAGAUACCAGCAGUAGGGUCUGUCUGAGGCGGGAAUUACUGCCAAACGAUGUCUUCAACGUCUAUCGCUUCUGCGACACACUAGCUGGCUACAGCUACCUGGCAUCCCUGACGCCAUGGGGCGGCUUCCCCAAGGAUUCAGUCACCAUCAUUGCGGCAAGGCUUGACGCUCUUUCUCUGUUUGAGACAAGGAGUCCAGGGGCAGUAAGUACAGUGACAGGUUUGGUGACCCUCUAUGCCAUAGCCUCCAUACUCUCCAAAGUUGUGGAUGGGAAUCAGGCUGAGUUCAAGAGUAAACCUGUUGUGUUUGCACUCUUCAAUGGGGAAUCACUGACGUACAUGGGAUCGUCGAGGAUUGUGCACGACCUCAUGAAAGACGCUCACAAGUUCUUGAGCCUGGAACAGAUCUCCACCAUCAUCGAGAUGGGUCACUUGGGACGUCCCGAGGUCUACAGGAGCGUCCUCCCACCCAAGAACAAAACCCUACGUGACGUCGGUCGCGGUGCGAAUCUCCAGGACUUGAUCAAGUCUGCCGGUGAGAUGCGGAAACCCAUUGCACAGUUCACUGGUCCACCUGUGCCAUCACCUACGAAUGCGACGAAUGAGACAAAAGAAGAGAGGCCGUUCGUCCCAACUCCCACCAAUCAGUCAGAUGCCGACAUUAAUGAAGCAUUCAGUGAUGUUGCCUACAUACACGGUGACAUCAGCUAUCCGGAGGAAUCGAAAGAUAAGGUUCUUGCCCUGAUCAACAAGUUCAUGACGGAGCAGCAGGACAAGAGGGUUGUCCUUCGAAGGUCAACUAUGAACAAGCUGCCUCCAUCUUCCAUCCACGCAUUCCUCAAGAAGAAGCAGUCUAUCGUCGGUCUCGUGGUCGCUAAUCACGACAAAUCCUAUGACAAUCUCUUCCACAACAGUUUUCUCGAUACCCCUGAACAACACAACUGGUAUGAGAAGAAAUGGUCGGAGCUGGAUAAGUAUAACAAGAUUACAGAAAACGUGCAGUACAUGGCUUCAGUGGCCACCACAGUUGCGUGCGUCGUCUUCAGAGAGGUCACUGGCAAAACUGCCUGCGCCCCUACCAUGGCUGCUGAUCAAAAAAUGAUAGCUAACCUCCUGUAUUGCUUCACGCAAGAUCCUGAAUGUGAGUUGUUCAAGUCGAUCGUCCCACAGCGUUUUCUCGAGUUCAUAUCGGACCCUGAAAGGAAAUCGUACUUCACAAAUAGAUUUAUUUAUCAGGAAGUUGAAUUAGAGCCCUUUUACACGCAGAUCCAUAACUACGUGUUCGCACACGUCAUUGGCAAGCCGCUGGAUGAGAAGGAAUGCGAAGUCGUCAAAAAGGGUAGUAAAAAGGAUCCGCUGGAGCCAGUGAAGAUACUGACAAACGGUUUCAACAACACGGAACUCAACAAGAGAGUCCCAGAAUGCAAGUCCCUAUAUAUCAAUGUCAUUAGAACUGGUUCACCCCUCUUAGAUCCAGUUCUGCAAAGCAAUGCUGAUUUGGUGGUCAGCGUUGACUUUCCUACUUGGACACUCAGCACAUUCAAUGAUAAACACAUCAGCAUCAAAGUAUUCCUUCUGCCGUGUUCCGCACAAGAGAUUAAAACUCUUUUGCUCGGUAUUGGAGUUGUCCUCUUCUUCAUUCCGAUGACGGCAUUCGUUAAGAAGAAGCUAUUGAUUGCUCCUCGCUUAGACCAUUGACACGUUUUCUGUCUGUUUGUCUGUCUGUCUGUCUGUCUGUCUGGCUGAUUGCAUGUCGGUCUGUCUGACUGAAUUAUUGUUACCUAUCCAUCAAUCCAUAGAAUGAAUAAGUUGCUAAUCAACUUCAUUUUUUAGGUAUUUUUUAAAAAUUCAAAUUUAUUUAUCCGUGAACAUUUUUAUAUGUGUUUGUA